GAGAGAGAGGAGAGAGAGAGAGAGAGAGAGAGACAGAGAGAGAGAGAGAGAGAGAGACAGAGAGAGAGAGAGAGAGGAGGUUGAUGGUGUGAGCUGUACGCUGUUUAUUUGUGUAUUAAUAGGAGCAGAGAUGAAAGCGGAGGAAACGGAACCCAAUUCUAAAUUCGGAGACUCAAGGAAGUUUGACCCGAACUUUAAAGGCCCAACACAGAGCAGGAGCUGCACUGAUGUCCUUUGUUGUCUCCUCUUCAUCCUGGCAUUGAUGGGCUACUUUGCAGUGGGAAUCCUGGCCUGGUCUCAGGGAGAUCCAAGGAAGGUGAUUUAUCCCACAGACAGCAGGGGGGAUUUCUGUGGGCAGCAGGGCACAAAGCUGGAGAAAAAACCUUUGCUGUUUUACUUCAACAUUCUGAAAUGUGCAAGUCCACUGGUGUUGCUGGAGUUCCAGUGCCCUACCACACAGAUUUGUGUAGAGAAGUGUCCGGAUCGUUUCCUGACUCUGGCGAAGGCGAAGAGGAAAACUGAGGACCUGCAGUUUUAUUCCCAGUUCUGUAAGGAGGGCGUCAACAUCACCCAGACCACUCCGGAGCUCCUGAGGGACAGGGCAUGUCCAGCGAUGAUCUUCCCCAGCAAGCCGUUUACACGCCGAUGCCUCCCAGCUCUGGAGACAAAAAAAGGUGGAUUUCUUGUUAUUGGCAAUGAGACAACAUUCACAGCUGAAAACAACACCAGUGUGAACACCACUGACCUGCUGGAGGCAUCGAAGAAGUCGAACAUCGUGAUGGAGACACGACAGGUGUUCAUGAGGAUCUUCGAGGAUUACACACAGUCCUGGCACUGGAUCCUGCUCGGGUUAGCAGUAGCGAUGGUGCUCAGUCUGAUGUUCAUUGUGUUGUUGCGGUUCUUAGCGGGGGUGAUGGUGUGGGUGAUGAUCUUCAUGGUGCUGCUCGUUAUUGCAUAUGGUAUAGUUCACUGUUACAUGCAGUAUGUGCAGUUUCGGGGACAGCCCGGUGCAGACGUGUCCAUCACAGACCUGGGGCUGCAGACGGACUUCUCUGUGUAUUUACAGCUGCAGCAGACCUGGCUCGCUUUCAUGAUCAUCUUGUGUAUUGUGGAGGUCAUCGUCAUCCUCCUGCUCAUCUUCCUCAGAAAACGUCUCCAGAUCGCCAUUGCACUGAUUAAAGAAGCCAGCAGGGCGGUGGGUCAUGUGAUGUCAUCACUGUUCUAUCCCCUGCUGACCUUUGCUCUUCUGACUCUGGUGAUUGCAUACUGGGCCAUUACUGCUGUGUUUCUCUCGACCUCAAGCUCUGCAGUGUAUAAAGUGUUCAACAGCAGCGAAUGUGAGUUCAGCAGGCAGACAUGUGACCCGAAGACGUUCAACAGCUCAAACAUCUCUGUGGUGUGUCCUGAUGCUGAGUGUAUGUUUGCGUUUUAUGGUGGUGAGACGUUCUAUCACAGGUACCUGGUCCUGUUUCAGUUCUAUAACCUCUUCCUCUUCUUUUGGUGUGUGAACUUUGUGGUGGCACUGGGUCAUGUGACCCUCGCCGGAGCCUUCGCCUCCUACUACUGGGCCGCCAAGAAACCUGAUGAUAUCCCAGCAUUCCCCAUCUUCAGCUCUCUCAGCCACGCCCUCAGGUAUCACACCGGUUCUCUGGCAUUUGGUUCUCUUAUUUUGGCCUUCGUUCAGGUGAUCAGAGUUACGCUGGAGUACCUCGACCACAAACUGAAAGGAGCUGAGAACCGAUGUGCCAAGUUCCUGCUCAGCUGCCUGAAGUGUUGCUUCUGGUGUCUUGAGAAGUGUAUUAAAUUCAUCAACAGAAAUGCCUACAUCAUGGUGGCAAUAUAUGGCAAAAACUUUUGCACAUCCGCUAAAGAUGCAUUCUUCCUCCUCAUGAGGAACAUCAUUAGGGUGGCCGUUUUGGACAAAGUGACUGACUUCCUUUUUCUGGGAAAACUGCUGAUUGUAGGGAUUGUAGGUGAGAAUCGGUUCCUUUUCUUCUUCUCUGGGAGAAUAAAGGCUGUGGAGGAAGCAGCACCUUCAUUAAACUACUACUGGGUUCCUAUACUGACGGUGGUGUUUGGGACGUAUCUAAUCGCUCAUGGUUUCUUCAGUGUGUAUGGGAUGUGUGUGGACACACUGUUCCUCUGCUUCUGUGAGGAUCUGGAGAGGAAUGAUGGCUCCCCUGAGCGGCCGUACCUCAUGUCCUCUGAGCUGCAUGACAUUUUAUCUGUUAGCAAAGCGACAGAGGAGCAAGAGGACAGAGGAGAUGGAGAAGAAGAAGUGGUGCUGCACCUGAAAGAGCAGCAGAGACUCAAGCAGGAAAACGAGGAGAAAACCCCACUGAUGCAGGAGACAGCGUUAAAGCAGGAAGUAGCGCUAGCACAGGAAGUGCCGCUAAAACAGGAAAUAGCACCAACACAAGGAACAACCAGACUACAAGAGAUGAGGCAGAAGGAAGCAACAAAUCAAACACAGGAAGCUGUAAGUGGAAAGGAGGAAAAGGAAGAGCAAGAUGAAUUAGCAUUAGCAAUAAGUCCUCAGAAAGCAGUACAGCAAAACAGAAUAUACAAGAACGACAUGCAGGAGACCGAGGAGUCACAAGGAGAAAAAGAAAAAGAACUACAAAAAGAACAGCAGGAACCUGAAGUGAAGAAUCAGGAGAACGGUCCUGAGGAGAGGAAAACACCACUAAUGCCUCAGAAUGAUGGAGGAUCUGGAGCGUAAUGAUGGCUCAGCUGAAAGGCCGUACUUCAUGAAUCAGGACCUGAUCAAGACGCUGAAGAAAUAGGAUUUGGAGGUGAAAGGCUCCUGGUCUGAUCACUGAGAGACACUGACUUUCCCUACACCCUACAUAGUGCAUUAUAACUUACACUCGAGUGUGUACAUGCAACAGUGCAGAUCAUUCCUCCUUGUGCACUGAAUUACACUCACGUCACUGUACAAUGUACUGUUAAAGUUAAACAUGUUUUAUUUGAAUCUUUUCAAUUUUAAUCAGUUUUGCAUUUUUUAAAAGAGAUAAUUAUUAAAACAAUAAAAUCCUAAAAGAGAAAAAAG